CGCAAAGGCACGAUCUGGACCUUCUUCGUGGGACCAAGGCCCAGCAUUUUGCAGCCCAAACCUAAACAUAUUUCACGUGUCAAAACGACCGCAAUGAUGAUGUUUCUUCUGCGCUCGGUUUACGCCCUUCCUAUUACCUUUCUGUUGCUGAUUGUUGUAGCCGGCCAAGUCACUCCUUUGGCGGCGAAGCCCAACAGCAACAAGAUCAAUGGUGGAUCGAACAACAACAACGAGAGAACCUUGGUGGAAUGGAGUUGGAAAUGGGGCGGGCCGGGACAACAUGGCACUUCUGAUAGGAAUAGUCCGUGGGGCGUUUCCAACAACAAUAAUGCAAAGAAGAAGAAGAAGAACAAUCCGUUGACGAUUGUCAAGAGCGUGUCGACAAAGAUUGUCCAGGAUCCUGGAGUGGUUACUGCGGUAGUGCUGGUAAUCUUUGAAAAGCUUUGUCAGCAACCGGGAGUUAUGGGUACAGCGGCCGUGACAGUGGGAAGGUUUUUUGAAGGGGCCACAUCUUGGCCUGGAGUUGCCUUGACUCUGUUGUUCCUCUUCCACGAAGUUGAUGAUGACGGCAGAACUAGAAGACUUAACCGCUGGAUUGGCGGGAGUAUGUUCGUGUACUUUUUCCGGUGUCUCCAGAAAACACCUGAUCGACUGUGGGGCAGCAUGGUGCAAGGAGCCGUGGGCAUAGCGUUGGCAAUCCAGCUCAUUGACAGAAUCGUUCCAUCCAAAAAGUGACAAUACUAUUGUAUACUACAUAUACUCAGUUCAGACCAUGCGUCGUCUUGCACAUCUGGAUUCCAUCAGGAUGAUUAUACAUACCGUACUAGCUAGCUAGUAAUUACAUGUCUUGAAAAGGCUCGUUCCAUGCGU